UUAUUGGUACUUGAUUGAAAUUCCAGGUAGAUUUUUAGUAUAUAAGCACGUAUAUAGUCUUUCACCUUUCUUUCAUUCGUCUUUAGAAGUGGCUAUAUGAGGAAGUGAUUAGUUUUGGAACCAGGUCUAAUUCAAUUGUGAUUAAAAAUGAACAUAUCAACGCAAAAAUUAUUAUCGGCUUUAUUCGGUAUUUGUUUUGCAAAUUUAAGUUUCUCUAUAAUUCAUUGGUGGUUGAAGCAUAAUGAUAAAAAAAAGAACUAUAUACUUAUCGAUAAAGAUACAUUUAAAAAAGUCAUUAAAUUAAGAAGGAAAUAUGUACCCACUAUAUUAAAAGAAGUAGAGAGGAUACAGGAAAUGUCUAGUACUUCCAUUAAUUUUGAAGAUAAUAAUUUACAAUAUCCUGAUUGUACGUGCACAAUUACAGGAACUAAAACAAACAUAGAUGUAGCUGUAGCUUUAAUAGAGAGUAAAACAACAGAUACGGAAAUGAUUAAAACAUAUGAAAUAAUUAUAUCUGCAAAGAAUUAUGAAAAUAUAAUUACACUAUGUGAAAGUAAUUUAAGUGAAAUAGAAAAACAAAAAAAAAAAUAUGUAAAUAUUAUUAUAGAAAAACCAGUAUUAGAUAAUAAAAUGAAAAUACUAAUAAAAGGUUAUUUUACUCAAAUUGUGAACACAUUUGAUUAUCUUGAAAUAAAGUUAAAAGAACUGAACUAUAAUGAAAAUGAAGUACUAGAAGAGGAAUAUAUAAGAAAGGAAAUAGAAGGACAAGAAUAUGGAGAAAGAAAAGUAAAAGAAGAGGAAUAUAAAAGAAAGGAAAUAGAAGGACAAGAAUAUAGAGAAAGAAAAGUAGAAGAAGAGAAACCUAUGGUAAAUGAAAUAAAAGAACAGAAAUAUAACGAAGAAAAAGUGGUAGAAGAGGUUUCUAUAACAAAGGAAAUAAAAAAACAGGAAUAUAAGGAAAAGAAAGUUGAAGAGGAAUCUAUGAUAAAAGAAAGCAUUUCCCCUGUCGAAGAACCUUCUAAAAUAUCUAUAAAAACACAAGGAGAAUUAAUUUCAUAUGAUAAAGUAACAUCUGUAGACGUAUAUGUAACAAAAGUGUCUAGUUACCGUUAUAUAUAUUUUCGAUUGGCUUCUGAAAAUGAAGCUUUACGUAAAUUACAUGCUGAUAUGGCGAAAUAUUAUAAAAAUAUCUUAAAUCGCCAAGGCCAUAGAUUGGAUACGAUAAAUAGAGGGGAUAUAGUAGCAGCAAAAUGCAAAAAUGAUGGACAGUGGUAUAGAGCUGAAAUAAUAGAUAUAUACCGGACAUAUGUAAAUGUUCACUAUAUAGAUUCUGGCUAUAGAAAACUAAUACACCAAUAUAAUGUAUUAGGAAUUCCACAAAAUUUUUUGCAACUUAGAGCACAAGCAAUUCGAGGUGGACUAAUCUUUAUUGGAUCGCAUAAACUGGAAAGUGGAUCACAAGACCAAAAGAAAAGAAUCAAAGAAAUAAUUAACCAAUCUGGCGAUAACAUCGCUCGUAUUCGGGGUUAUGAAAGAAGAUUAAAGUCUUUAGGAAAAUUGUAUCCUAAAAAUUCACCAUUUCCAUUAAUCGAGCUCUAUAAUAAGGGUGGAUCGGUAAAUGAAAAUUUGGCCGCAAAAGGUUUGGCACAUAUAAUGAAUGAGGAAUAUCCACAUUGUUAUGUAAUUCCAUGGACUUUUACAAAAUUUUCGAACAUACAGGAAACAUCUAAUAAUGAUCCUAUUCAGAUAGAACCGUCUAAUAAUGAAUCUGAUCUAUCUAAAGAAAUAUAUGUUCACUCUGACGACGAAGAUCAUGUAGAUAUAUGUAGUAAUCCGGAAUUCAUUAAUCACAAUUCCAAAUAUGCAUUCCCAGACGAUGAUAAUGGUGGUUGGUAUAGUGUAGACGUAAGCGAUGAGGAAUAUUUUGACAAUGGAGACUGGUACCGUCGGAAUGGUUAUAUAAAAGAAUUUAUUAGUAUUGGAGGUGAAGCAGCUGAAAUAAAAAUGAUGCUAGAAUUGGAAGAAUUGUUAAAGGAAGAUGAAUUCCAGUUAUUUCGCAGAAAAGAAUAUGAAGAAAUUCCUGUAGGUCAAGAUGACCAUCUUUAUUUCCCAGGAAGUCGUUUUACAAAAGUAGAUGGUGUACGAGUAUUUGAUGACAGACCAACAUCAAAACGAGUACCAGAAAUAAUCCAUAUAGUAAAGGAUCAUCUAAGAACAAAAAGAAGCCAGGAGAGAAUAAAAAUUCUUAAAAUAAAUGAAACGAAUGACAAAAGUGAUAUACAAACAGAUUCUAAUCAUAAUUGUAAAAAGAAAGAAAAAUGUCAUAAACUCAAAAAUUCAAAUAAUCUAAACAUUGAAAAAACUGGAUUUGAGAGUGACAUAUCCGAUGAAUUCGAUGGACUUAAAUUAAAUUAGAUUAAGUUUACUAUAAAAAUUAAAUAUUCACAAUGUAAAUAGAAACGAAAAGUACCAGAGUACAAGUGUCAAUUUAUUCGUCGUCAUAAUGCUAAUAGUAAUGUCUAAUAUAGAUGGUAAUUUAAACAG